GACAAUAAUCCUACUCUAAAAAUGAGAAAAUGCAAAGCAUCUUAUGCCUUUCCCUUUAGAACACUCCACAACGGUAACAGUUUAAUGUUUGAGAAGGUCCGGGAAAAAUCCUCUCAAUAUGUUAAUAAGAUGGUACCUUUUUCGAAUUUUCCAUGUGUCUCCACCACCUCCUUGAAGCCUAGAGCCUCGCAGAACAUUCCUCCAAACUUAAAUAUCCAACACCUCUGUAAGUUUGUCCUAGAUUUCGUCCCCCAACAUCAACACUUGGAGAUAAAACAGGUAACAAACAAAACUGUCACCACUGUCUCAAUCUGCCCGCCUAGGAACUUCCAAACAUCCGACACACACACGCACCAUACCAUUUUUUUCCUGCAAUAAACAAUGGCAGUGGCCCGUUUGGCUUUGAGAAAUUUGCAACAAAUGGUGUCAUCGUCUUCAUCUCUUUUGGGUCAUAAUCUUGGAGAGAGGAGCAUUGGUGGGGUGCACAGACAAAGGUGGAAUGAUGAGAUGUUGAAGAGGUUUAUGGCAACGGUUACUGAUAAGGACUCUGAUGACAAACAAAAACAAGUAUCUGUUUCAGAUGGUGAAAACAAAUUCAGGCUUUUCCCUGGGAGGAGGAACCUUUUGAAUUGGAGGAAUGAACAAAAUGAUUAUGCUCCUCCCCUUUUUGAAUUCUUUCCAUCGGGCCUUGGAGAUGCACUGAUGCAAGCAACUGAGAACAUAAACAGGCUAUUCGACACCCUCGACUUGACGCCAUUCCAGUCGAUGGCACGAAUAAAGGAGCAAGACGACUGCUAUAAAAUGAGUUACGACAUACCAGGGCUAACAAAAGAGGAUGUUAAGAUCACCAUUGACGAUGGGGUUCUAAACAUAAAAGGAGAGCAUAAGGGAGGAGGAGGUUCCGAGGAAGAUGACCGCUGGUCUGCCAGGAGCUAUGGCAACUAUAACACAAGCCUCGUGUUGCCUGAUGAUGCCAAUGUUGAUGAUAUUAAGGCUGAGUUGAAAGAUGGUGUGCUUUCUAUCAUCGUCCCCAAAACUGAACAAUCCAAAAAGGAUGUGAAGCAAGUUCAAAUCAAUUGAUAGGUUCAUGUAUGAACUUGAUCAGUACCUUCCUUACGAGUUUCGUUUGUCAUGCUGAUG